GGGACGGCGAGCUGACGUACAGCGAGCUAGACGCACUAUCAACCAAGCUGGCGGGUCACCUUGUCCAGAUCGGCGUCAAGCCCGAAGACAUGGUGCCACUGUGCUUCGAGAAGUCGAUGUGGACAGUGGUGGCCAUGCUGGCCGUGCUCAAGGCCGGCGGCGCCUUCGUACCGCUGGAUCCCGACCAUCCAGCCAGCCGACACGAAGACAUCUUCAAGCAGAUAGGAGCUAAAGUGGUGCUUACAUCGGCACAGUUUGGGAUGCUCUGGGCCAGCUCAGAGUGCGCUGUAGUCACAGUCAGCGAAGAAUCCACGAAGCAGUUGCCGGCGCUAGUCAAUAAUAGUAGACUCCCAGCUAAACCAACGAAUGCCGCCUAUGUAAUCUUUACUUCGGGGAGUACCGGUACACCCAAGGGCGUCGUACUGGAACAUCGGGCGGUUGCGACGAGCUGCUUGGGCCAUGGACGAGCAUUCGGAAUCACAGACUUCUCGCGUGUCCUGCAGUUCGCGUCAUACACUUUUGACGCUUGCAUUACUGAGAUUUUUACUACGCUUGUGCACGGUGGCUGCACCUGUGUGCCAUCCGACAGCGAUCGAUGCAGCGAUCUAGCUAAGGCGAUUAGCGUCAUGGACGUCAAUUGGGCACUUCUAACUCCUUCC